UGAAACAAGAGAGGGAGAGUUUGUGGGAAAGUGAAUGACCGCGUCACGCGUGAAAGGGGUUUUGCUCUCUUCUAUCUCCAUCGGAUCAUCACUGCCUAUAUAUAUAUAUCGACUGAUCUCUCUUCUAUCUGUUUAUCUCUUUCUAAACCCUAAACCUUUUGCAGCCGAAAUCCCUAAACCACGCAGCAACCAGAUAAAAGACGAAGCAAGCAAGCUUGAGACAUUACUGAAGUCAUACAUUACGCAUCUUCAAGUUCAGCGGUGUCGUAAUUUCCAGAACAGAAUGCCGAAAGAUGAAAGUGCUCCUCACAGAUUUUUUGAUCGUUCCAGAGCAUCUCCAUAUGCUCGCAGCCCUAUAAACACUGAGCAGUACGGACCCAAAAGUAGUUUGCAAUCAGUUGGGGGAGAUGAGAAGGAAUGGGAAGAAGUUAGAUGCCCCAUUUGCAUGGAGCAUCCUCACAAUGCUGUCCUCUUACUCUGUUCUUCCCACGAGAAGGGAUGUCACCCUUACAUGUGCGACACCAGCCAGCGCCACUCGAACUGUUUCGACCUGUUCUGCAAAUCAUCAGCCACUACCCCAUCAUCAACAGAUCUUACUGAACAAGUUCCUCUUUACACUGCCGCCUAUCACGGAGGAAUUGAGGAACAACAACAAAACAUCAUCCCAAGAGGGAUUCAUGGGAGACAAUUCCAACCAAAGCUUUCGUGCCCACUCUGUCGGGGCCAAAUUGACGGGAGUAUUGUUAUAAAACCCGCUCGCAUUUUUAUGAAUUCUAAACCCAGGAGUUGUUCUCUUGAGACCUGUGACUUUAGUGGGACUUAUUCAGAGUUAAGGAAGCAUGCAAGGCUUGAACAUCCUUUUGUGCGACCAUCAGAGGCUGACUCGAGACGCCAGAGUGAUUGGAUGAGCUUGGAGCAUGAACGGGAUGUUCAGGAUAUCAUUGGUGCAUCUGGGUUGGUGUCUGCCGAGGAAUGGACUCAUUGGAUGUCUUUGGAUGGGGUCAUUGAGGAAUUAAUCCUUGGUUCAUCUCAGUUGGAGUCUGCAGACGUAUGGAAUGAUUGGAUGUCUUUGGAUGAGGCCAUUGAGGCCUUACCGAAUGCAUUGCAGCCAGAGGUUGAGGAUCAACAGUACAACACUCUGCACGUGGAAGUUGAGUUUAACCCCUCUUUCUCUUUCUUACGUUAUGCUUUGAAUGAAACAAGUGUUUCCGGUAGUUCUGAAGCCAGCGACCAAUCAUUUAACUGGAGAACCACUACAAUGUUGACAACUGGAAAUCCUCCAAGUCCAAGUGUUAAUUCUUUGAACGAGACAAGUGUGUCUGGUAGUUCUGAAGCCAGAGACCAAUCACGUAACUGGACAACCACAGCGAGGCUGAGGGUUGGUAAUCCUCCAAUCCCAAGGGUUGAUUCUUUGAAUGCGACAAGUGUGUCCGGCAGUUCUGAAGCCAGUGCUCAACCACAUAACGAGAGAACCACAGCGAGGAUGAGGGUUGGUGCUCUUCCAAGGGGCCCGCUUGCUAGUAGGAAUGGGUAGCUGUUUGGCACGGGGGAGCAGGUCAAACCCGAGGAAAUUAGUUCUGCUGUUCUGUUCUGUGCUUUUGUUGUAUGUCAGAAACUCGAAAGAGCAGAAGUGUGUAGUUUUCACCAAGUAUUUUUAUGCUGUCAUUUAUCAAAAUUUAUUCUUUAAUUAUUCUUUUUUUCUCUAAUUCGAAGUACCAAGUGCUGUUCUAUGCAAGUCCUGAAAUAGGUGCUUAAUGGCACGUUAGAUUGAUUGAAACAUACUUCUUCUUGUCUGCUUUCUUACUCUCACUCUCACUCUAACAUGGAUGUAUCAUGUCAGAGGAAAGGCUUUGAUAUAGCCCUUUGAACUGUAGAUGUAAUGUGAAGUUUUUUUUUUGUGUGUGUGUGUACUCUUCUUGAAGUUGGCUCGGCUAAGAAUCAUCUAGAAAUUGUAACGGCUUUGGCAUCUUC